UGUCGGAGUAAAUAGUUUGUUGCCCGUUCCGUCGGAGUUCCGCUUUUUCGGUCCGCCCAUCUGCUCCAUCCACAACCGCGCCGGGAUGUUGCGCUCGCUGAUCCGGGGACGGACCUUGUUCCAGCAUUCUAGAAGAGAACUACCUCAGGCGUGGUUAGCAGCAGCACCGCACCGAUGGGCAUCAAGCCUACCCAUGAACACAGUUGUACUGUUUGUUCCACAACAAGAAGCGUGGGUAGUAGAACGAAUGGGUCGUUUUCACAGAAUACUUGAUCCAGGUUUGAAUUUCUUGAUUCCAGUCAUAGAUCGGAUAAGAUACGUACAGAGCUUAAAAGAGAUCGUUAUUGAUAUUCCAGAACAAUCUGCUGUCUCAUUAGAUAACGUGACUUUACAGAUAGAUGGUGUACUAUAUUUACGAAUAAUGGAUGCAUACAAGGCAAGUUACGGAGUUGAAGAUCCUGAGUAUGCAGUUACUCAGUUGGCCCAAACAACCAUGAGAUCUGAACUUGGGAAGCUUUCACUGGACAGUGUUUUCAGGGAAAGAGAAGUAUUGAAUAUGAAUAUGGUAACUCAGAUAAAUCAAGCUGCAGAUACGUGGGGAAUCCGCUGCUUGAGAUAUGAGAUCAAGGAUAUCCAUGUUCCACCUAAAGUGAAGGAAGCCAUGCAGAUGCAAGUUGAGGCUGAAAGAAAAAAGCGUGCUACUGUGUUGGAAUCUGAAGGGGCCAGAGAGGCUGAAAUCAAUGUUGCUGAAGGGAAGAAACAAUCUCGAAUUCUGGCUUCUGAAGCAGAAAAGGCAGAAAAGAUCAACCAGGCUGCAGGUGAAGCCAAUGCAGUCCUUGUAAAAGCAAAGGCAAAAGCAGAGUCUAUUCAAAUGCUUUCUGAAGUCCUGGGUCAGCAGUAUGGAGAUCAAGCAGCUUCACUGAGUGUAGCGGAGCAGUACGUAUCUGCCUUUAGUAACCUGGCCAAGCAAACAAAUACAAUUUUACUUCCAUCAAAUACAGGUGAUAUCACAAGCAUGGUGUCACAGGCCAUGGGAAUUUACAGUGCCCUCAAUAAACCGGAGACCAUGAAAGAGAAACUGACAAGGGAUGCUGCUGAUACUGAUGAAUCAUCACUAGCCAGUGGAAAUUGAACAUUUUAUUCAGACACAUAACAACCUGAGGUUUCAACUGAAUAACAAAUGAAAAUUGAAAUUGCAGAAUUUCGCCAAUUCUGACUGUUCUGAGAUGAAGAUAUGUUUCAUUCAUGACACAGCCAAUUUUAUACUCAUAGAAGAAUUGAUAUCGUUGGCUGCCUGUAGCUUAUAUGCCUUCUGUUGAACUCCAUCAUGGAUAUAAGAAAAAAAUAGUAGAAUUGAUUUGGAGGGAUUUGUAAAAUUUCCUGAAAAAUGAAUUGUUUAAUAAUUUCUUUUUCAGCCUCAAAAGUAAAUGUUUGUGCUCUUGGUAUUUUUGUUUUGUCAUGUAAUUAUUCAUAUUGUUUUCAAGUGGGGAUAAAAAUUAACAGUUGUAUUUGCGAUGAUCCAAAUGUGAGAUGUUAACCUCGGUGGGAGAGGGUUUGUGUGUAAAGGAGAAAGUCAGAAAAAUGGAAAGGAGAAACAAAAGGUACUAUUUGGAAUAAAUGUGACUAAUAUGACAAAUCAGAUAUAAUUGUGAUAAAUGUAUGCAAUUAAAAUACACAGAAAAUUUAACAUGAUGCAUUACAGCAAACGUAUUGCAACUCUUUUUUUCAAAUUUUAAAACAGGAAAUGAUUUAUAGUUCCAAAACAAAUUAAAAAUGAGUGUUAAUACAA